AGCUGACUGAUGCCGGAGCAAACUGUACAACAAUGGAUAGUAAAUUAUACACUCGUUUGAAAGUCUAUGAGUUUCAGGAAGAGAUCCGCUCGUACAAUGAUUCAGGAACCACCAGGCCACCACUAUCCAUUUUGAAGAAAAUUAUAGCCAACUUGACUGUUGGAAAUACACAAUUGAUUGCAUACAACGAUAUCUUUGCGUUUGUAUGUAGAAUCACACUACAGUUUGGCGAUCAGAAUGAGGGAGUAAAGAAGCUGGGGAUGCUGAUUUUGGAAAUGUUCAUGUCCACUGCCUACAAAAGCGCUAGAAGCGGAAAAAGCGGUACCGGAGCCAAAGACGUGGAUUUAGACUCGGUGUUGAGCCAGCUAUUACCCUAUUUAGUUAGGGAUGCAGGAGAUGCAAACGGGGAUGUAAACGCAUUACGCAUUCUUGGGGCUGUCGACUCAGGAUUUAUGAGUACGAAGAUGUUUUCAAACUACACUAACCAGCUCUGGGUUUUGGCCAAUGAGAAAUUGAGUUCCGACAAUGAGGAAGAAGUCCGUAUCGAAUUUAUCCAUGUAACGAUUCGUUUGAUACAGAAGAUUGCGAAAAGCGAGGCCGAUAAGGAGAUGGCGGAAGAUAAGAUAAAAGUGAUAUUCAGCAAAUUAGUCAACAUUUUGAACAAAUUUGACAACAUUCAGAUUCUUAGUAGUGUUGCCGAGACCAUGCUUGAUUUGACGCUCACAAACAAAUAUCCGUAUCUAAGGAUCCAGCUGACCAUGCACCAGGUGUCCAAACUAAUAUCAGUGAUUACCCAGUUGAGGUCGAAACCUGUUUUCAAUAAGGCGGAGUUUGGCCGGGUUGCUCCUAUAUUAGCGCUACUCACGAAGUACAAGAUUGAUGAUGCCAACAAGACUAUCAGCAAGGAUGUCAUCACUUGUGUGAGGCCGUUCAUGAGUGGUACCAACUUGUCUGUCGUCAUGAACUCCAUCAAAUGCGUUAUAUAUUACCUUGGGGACACCCAUGACGAGAAUUUCAACGGUAAGGUCAUUGUCGAAAUUGUCAAGGUUUUUUGCAGACUGUUUGAGUUCGAGGACGGGAAAAUGGUACGGGAAAACAGGACAGUUUUCUUCAACUGCUUGAGAAACCUAAUCUUAGUUGUGAUCAAGUACGGCGACGAGAUCCACAGGAAGAACGGAGACAUUUUCAAGAACCUGAUCCAGAACUACGUCUGUGUCCACGAGGAAGUCGACACCGAGACAUACAUCAUCGAUUCGAAGCUCGAGCUCUUGUACUUGCUGUCCAUCAAGGGGAUAGAAGACGAGAUGGUCAUUCGGAUACUACUUCCGCUAGUGAGGUCGGCCAACCCGGACGUCUCGUACAAGGCAAUCCGCACGAUAGGCAAUCUUGCCGUGAGAGAGCCAAAGUAUAUGGAUGUGAUGGCCGAGCUUAUAGAGAAGGUGUCUGUGGAGAAAAACCUUCUUGCGAUUUCGAUAUACAUCAAAGACCUCACGGUUCUUCACGGGCCCUCUGAGGAGAAGGUUGUUUCCACGUACCUUCGGAGGGUUUCCAGCUCCAAGGACCGCGUCCACGGCAUGAUUGCGGCCGCAGACUUCAAGGACGAGGACGUCAUCUCGUACAUCUGGGUCCUCGGGGAGUUUGGCGGAGUGGGCGACUUGCUCGAGUUGCGGGGGGCCGUGUGGAGCCGUUUCGAGCUGAGGAGCCGCCUCGUCGACUACGACGACGACUUCAGGCACAAGGAGAUGCAGCACUUCAUCAUGGACAUGUAUCUCACGUCGCUGGUGAAGGCGUGGGUGAGGACGGGCCAGCGGGGCGCCGAAGUGUUGGCGCUGAUGCGGGACACCGAGAAGCUGUCUCGCCAGCUGUCCCGGCGGGUGACGUUCUACCUGCAGGUGAUCCACGCCUGUGGCGGCGACCAGGCGAAGCUACGCACGGUUCUGCUGCUGCCCAAGAUGCCCAGCACCAGUCCAGACGAGGCUGCCGCUGCCGACGAGGACAGUUGCGGCUUGACCGACGAGACAGUCUCGGAGUUGUGUACAGUCUUCGGCAGUCUUGCCUGUGUGUAUCUCCGGGGCGUGCACAGCGUGUUCCGCAACGGCUAGCACGGCAAACAGCCAUGUAGAAUUGUACAGAUAGGUAGAUAUAGAAGGGUAUGUUUCCGAUGCAGACAGAGUCCGAA